CGAGCCCCUCGUUCAUCAAUGCAUCGUAUUCGGUACGUCAGUUUUCUUUCACGUCGAUGUAGUGAAUCCAAGAAGUGGUCGCAUGAUAUCGAGUGGAAAGAUGACAGCACCACUAAAAAGUAGCUAAUACGUACAACACGAAGUGAGAAGCCAUACCAUUGAAGAGUUUACUCACACCACAUUUGAACGAACAAGAAUAGCUGGUUAUGAAUAUCCGAAACACUAAAAUUCUUUAGAUAGUCCUCCUCAUCAUGAUCUCUGUCUCGUCGUCUUUGCUCGGUUUUGUUGUGAGCGAGACCCACUUUUUCGAAAUUCUGGACUUGUAUAUGCAGCAAGACGUGGUUAGUCGUGCUACAAGAAUAAGAAUACUAAACCAGAAAUUACCCUGUUGACCUCCACAAGAUUAUAUGAAAUUAUAGCGAUGAGCAUGAGAUGACCUCCACUAUCCACUACUACUCUCCACUUCUAUCCACAAUAACGUCUAAGAACACGAUUUACUUAAUUAAUCAGCCAAGGUUCGUGUCGUCAUCGACGUGAUCAUGAAUGCCUUGAAUUAACUGUUGAUGAUCUUGUUCUUGACAGUGAGACGCGAGACCGCAGAACGCUAAUUAAAAAAAGAUUUGCACUACGCAGUAUGCCAUGUUGAGAACAACAAGAAGAUGACGCUUACUUACGACGUCGUUCGCAAUCGCAGAUACGACGACCAGGUUUCAACACAAGAGAGGGCACGCAGCGUGUUUCAGCGUCCGUGAACGCAUUAAGGGAUCCUAAGAUCGAUUGCAGCAAAAAAUGAACGAAGACGGCAUCGUGGAUGAAGUCGACGAUACUCCUGUCGUUGACGCCAGAGGAGGCGACAGUGUCGCCAGUGAUGUACUCCUGAACGGUCACAGCACUUCCGUGAGCGAAAAAUUGCUGGCUGCCGCCAAAAGUUCAAAUUUUAUGCUAUUGAUGAACAAAACCGGAACCAGCAAGUCUUCGUUACUGGGCGGAGCUCCACAGCGUCCUGCCACCACUUCAAGCUCUUCUAGCAGUGCUGUGCUUUCAUCCUCAUCUUCCUCCGUAGCUGGCUCUAGGAUAGCAUCAACCUCGCGGUCCUCCGUCAGUAGAAAAAGAAACGCAGCCUCUGGUAACCAGCAUGAUGCGGCUAACCAAGUGGAAAAUGCCGACCGGCCCAGCACUUUUCCCAAGAAAGACCAACAACUCCAAGAACCUCACCGAGUAGAUAAUAUCAAUCGCCGUGCUGGAGGAACCGACCACUCCUCCAUUGAAGAUCAUGGCCUCCAGCGUCCAGAGCAGAAAAAUAGCAGAAGCGGCAACCCGCCUCCUCCGUCGCUCGCCGAAGUCGAGGACGGAGAUGCAACUUCUUCGUCCGAGGAAGAUACCGAAGAGCGCGCACACCGGAUUGACGUUGAGCGCUGUGUCAUGGUCGAGAAGAUGGGUCAAGAGUUCUUCAAGCAACAACAAAAAGUCGCGGAGCUCAGCGCCAAGAUCCUGCAGAAACGAGCGACACUGUACAACUUAGACCUUGGUUGGCCUUGUUCUUGAUGGCGAUUUUUCUUGAGCUGUGCUUGGCACCAGAGUAAAUUAGGAAAUCACUAGCAAACACAUCACUAAAUGAUGAAGACACUUUUAAAAGCAAACGAGUCUUAUCAGAUAACCAUGGUUUUGGUUUCUCAUUUCCGUUUUACCACAAGUGCCACUUUAUAUUUUCUUAUCAUGCCUACAUCGUGCAAUUGCAAACAGGAACGACUGGUACAUCCAAACCGAAGUCCGUCGGGAACAGGAGGCGGCCAAGAGCCGCACGGCUCUUGAAGAAGUCUCAGAACGCGAGCAAAAGCUCCAGACAAAACUCAACGAAUUGAAGAGCGUCAUGGCCGAAACGGAGAGGAAAAGCCAUGACGAGGAAGAGGUGAAAUAUGAAUUACUACUCGAAAAUGUUGAUAAUUAUACAUAGAAGACGUUUGACUUCAAGAUAGAGGAGCUUUUUUUUUGAAUAACGAAGCUUUAGCUGGUUGUACAUGUGAAAGAGAUAGACUGCUCCACUCCUCGACGUUACGACAAUGGAAACGACAUCAAUACCUUGUCUCCACCUUUCACAUUCCAACACCAGGCUUUGCGUUCGCGUCUUGACGCCAUGACCGCAGAACUCACACGUAAAGAGGAAGCAGUUCGGUCUGCGGAAACGAAGUUGCGCGCUGUUGAAGCACGAAGAAGCGAGACCCGGCAUGCGCGCGAAUCCGCAGAAGCAAAGGAGGAAGAAGAGAAACUAGAGGCAUUGCGAGCACAGAUAGGUGCGGCAACGACAGAACUUGGAAGCUUACGCGCAGAAGGCGAGGCUCUGGGUUCGGCUAUCCAGAAAUUGCGAGAAGAAGAAGUUGAGCUGGUACUUGUUUUGCAUUGGGCGGAGAAGCUUUCUAACUACUUGGAUUUCCGUCGCUGUUAAUAUACAGUACUUAGAAUAAUUCCUGUUACAUUUUGUUCAAUUGAUUGUAUUUCUCCCUGUACUACUUCUGGCGUCCUCAUUGAAGAAAAAUGCAAUUUAAUGUAGAACUGAAACCAACAGCGUACCGACCAGCUCGAACAGCAAGCAGCAGUAAAGCGCCAGCGCGAGGAAGAAGCUGGGUCGUUUGAGACGUUACGCAAGGAGUGGGAAGAGAAGCUAGAAGAACAGAAGCGCGAGUUUGCUGAGCGCGAGCAAGAGUUUGCGGAUGCCGCAGCCGGAAUGAAGGGCGAGCAUGAGAGAGCAAUGGCUGAGCUAGAUGCGAUCCUAGCAACCAUUGACGAAAAGGGCGCAGAACAGGAAAAGCUCCUGAGAGACACUGCCGAAGAGCAGGAGCGACUCGUCACGGAGGCAAGUGAGCGCAUUGCAGCCGAGAAGACUGCACUCGCCAGCGAGAAAGAGCGCGCGAAAGCGCAUUUGGAAACGCUAGCGGAAGAGGAACAGCAGUGUCGCGAUGAGGUAGAGCGGAAGCGAGAGGAGAUGGCAAAAAAACUCGAGGAAAUUCGAGCGGAACUUGAACGACAGGAAGAAUUGGCUUCUGCCGAGCUGAGCGCAAGACUCGAGAAACUAGAAGAGGAUGAGCGAGCGGCAAUAGUGACAAAGCUGAACACUGAGCAUGAGUCGGUACUCUACAGAAACAUAGAGAUCAUGAUCACAGUGCGUUGAUAGUAAUUAUGAUGGCUUUAGUCGAAAACUGUACCAAAUCUACUCAUCUAUUAUGUAUCAUCUCUUGCUCCUACUCUCCUACUCCUUUUCGUUCUUUUGCUUGUUCUACCUAUCUAGCAAAAAGUUAGAGUUCGAGGGUCUGACCAGUGACUCACCGUAUCUUCUUCUACAACACGAACACUUUCAGAUUGCCGCCUCGCUGGAAAGAGCGUUGCAGAAAAAUCUAGCGUCCAUGGAAGAGCAAAUCCGCAGUCAAUUAGUGGCUGAACGCGAAGCAGACAUCGUUAAAGAAGUUGACAUCAAAAAAGCAGCGAUCGAUGCUAAGCUCGCUGCGGUUCAAAAGAAGCUGGAUGAGGCGGAAGCUCGCUGUGCUGAUGCAGCCAAGGAGUGCGAGGACAAGCAGAAAGAGAUUGACGUUGCACAGUCUCGCAUCGAUGCUUUGGCUGAGGCGGAGCGCGAAGCGUUGGCGGGACUGGAAGCAGAACGCGGUCGCCUUGGUGGCGAAAAGCAGGACUUCGAGCGCCAAGUGGCAGAUGUGCGCGCACAAGUGCAAAAGCGGCAGGCUGACUCUGCGGAGCUCGCUGAGAAGAUCAAGAAGCAAGAAGAGCUUCUGUCGACGUCUGUGGCCAAUUACGCGCUCGAAGAACAAAAAGUCGCCGGGCUGAGACAACAGAGCGAGGCUUUGUCAGACACAAACAGCGCCUUGGCGGCAGCGCUCGCUCAACUGGAAGAAGAGAAGCGCAUUUGGCUCCUGCGAUGGGACGAAGAGCACACAAAACGCGAGGACCAGUUAGGGGCGCUCGUUGGUGAGGAAGAGGAGAAGCGCAAGGAAGUCGCAGAAUACCGAGAGCUGGCGGAAGCGGAGAAGGAUAAGUGGGAGAAACUACAAGAGGAAACCGCGGCGCAACUAGAAGCGAAUGAGAGGAUGGAUGCAGAACACGAAGAGCUGACAAGGGCCUUGAGCGAGCUGCGGGAAGAUACGAAGACUGCGACGACGAGACUGAAAGAUCUCAAGGAGCAGGGUUCAGCCCUGAACGAGAAGAUUUCCACCGAGACAGCGACGCUUGAGGAGCGUAGAGAGGAUUUGGCUAACUAUGAACGGAAGGCAGCGACGGCAGAAAAAGAUAUGGCAGGAUACGAGCAACAGGUCAGUGAGAAGCUUGGCCAACUGGAGGAAGCUGAGAAACGCGUUACAGAGGCUCUACAUGAGAAAGAGCGUCUUGAGGCGCGCGGCGCCGAGCUUCAGUCUCUUGUGAUGCGACUGGAGGAGCGCGAAAAGGCGGCUGGACGGCACAUCCAGGAACUCGAGGUCACAAAGUUGGCUGAGCAAGACGCUGUAACUGCUCUGGGUCGGCAGAAAAAGCAGCUCGAGGCGGAAAUGCCGGAGCAGGAGGCACGGGCUGAGAGGCUGCUCGCUGAGAUAGCAGAGCGCGAGCGGCGUUUGCGGGAAGAGAUUGCGCGUGACGAGGCGGAGGCCGUGAACAAGCGCUCGAGCGUCAUUCGACAACUGCACGAGGAGGAGCGCACUCUAAAAAAGGCGAACGAUGCCCUGCAGCAAGAGAUUUCCAACCGGAAAGUCGAUCACGCAGCCAUGACUUCCGCUAUAGAGGAGUAUCGGUCCAAGCGGAAAGAGUACGAGGAACGGAAGGAGACCUACCAGAAGGAGUACGGCGAGAUGCAGCGAACCAUAGACGAACUCCAAGGCAAUAUCGCUUCUUUAGACACCGUGCGAGGCAAGCGAAGUGACGAAAUUAUGUUGCUGGAGGAACGAUGCAAGAAGUUCAAUGCAGAAGUGCAAGCAGCCAUAGAGCAGAGAGAUCGCCUUCGGCGCGAAAAAACGGAUAUGGAACGAACACUGGCCGUCGAGAAGAAGCAACUCCAGCAUGGCAUCGAAGAAAUCAAACAAGAACAAGAAGAUUAUGACCACUCACAUAUCACAGCAUCCAUGUUGCUUCGUCGUUCAUUAUCAAGCUGUAUACUCUGCUAUGCAGCGUAAUAGUGGCGUCUUCAUAGCCCAACGGCAUGUUGAUUCAUUUUGAUUCUGCUUCAAAACCGUAACUCUGCAUCUUCGACGACUCUUCUUCCCUCAUCUCUAACUCCUGGAACAGCGGAAGCUGCAGCUCGCUAGGGACAAAGCACAGGUGGAGAUGGACGAGCUUCGUGUUCGUUGCCGCGAAGAGACGGCUCGUUCGCGCAGCGAGAUGAGCGUGAAGGACGACGAGUUGAAUAUGCUGGACGAAAAGCUGAGUCAGAAGACGAAGCAACUCACGAAUCUGUUUGCCGAGGAAGCUGCCGAAGAGGCACGACAGCUGAAGGCGCGCGCUGACUUGCAGGCGCGUGAAGACGUGAUCCGAUCGCGUCUAGGCGAGGCCGAAAAGGACUUGGCGGAGGUUUUGGCGCGCGUUGCUUCGGAAAAGACAACCUUGGCAGAGUUAAAGGCGCAAGCGAAGGAGACGCGAGACCGGCAAACCGGAGAGCUUAGGCAGCUGACGCGUCAACUGCAGGAAACGCAGACGCAUUUCGACGAAACGACAACGCAACAGCGGACAGAACGUGCCCAACUCGAGGCUGACGUCGCAAGUUUGAAGAGCCAGCGAGCAAAGCUGACGUCUCUGCGGGAUCAGCAGGCGGCGCGCAACGAUGCGGAGGUGCAGCAAGCCAAGGACCGCUGUGCCCGAGAGCUCGAGCAGAUGGAGAACGAGAAGAAACUGACACUUGAGGCUGAGCAGGCGCGACUGCGUCAGGGUCAGCAGGUCGAGCACCUGCAUGAUAAGCACCGUGAACGCAACAGAGACCAGGACAGAAGUAGGCAUCACAGCCAGACGAGGGACAUCAAAAGUGAACCUGUGGAACGAAAAGUGUUUGGUGGUGGAAAUUAUAUGAAGCAAAGACAUGCACAGGCAGAGGCGGUCAGUCCUCCUGGUGCUGCUGGUGUAGGUAUCCUCGAUGAAAGUGCGGCAUCGCUGUCUUCCCGUGUCGAGAUGCUCAAGAAGUACGGCCUCUCUGGCGAAAUGCUGAAUUCAGGAAAGACAGAAGCUGCAGGCGGUGCGGCUCCUCUGCGGGCAGCCCCGUCAGCGAGCAUUAAUACAGACGAGCAACAGAGGCGUUUUCCCUCAGCCUCAUUAAACCAGGACGUUGCACAGAGUGUAUCUAGUGCACUAGACGGCCAGGCUGUCGUUGCCAAGGAUAUGACUGCCCUUGGUGCAACCGAGAAGCUUAAGGACCAGGAGCUGAUACAAGUACGAAGAGGACAUGACGAGAAAAGACCAGCUGCUGGAGGUGAAAGCAAGGAAGGCCCGAUUGACGUCCCAGCGGCUGGCGGCAAUGCCCGAUCUACGAAGUCCGUUUCUUUCAACACAGCGUCUUUUGGCGCACAGCUCCAAGUCGGCGGGAGCAGUAGUAGCACCUCGGUUCGCCCUGGUGCGGCACCUGCGUUCACAGCGGGUGUUAAUAUUAGAACAGCAGGUGGUACAAGUUCGACACUGCAAGAAAGUAGUGGUCAACCAGUAGAGGAGCCAGCACCAGCUGCAUCAAAAGGACAACUUCUACUAGCGACGUCGCAGCCCAUGGUAAUACCCUCAUCUUCAUCGGCAGCAUCACAGGUGCAGCCUUCUGGAGUCGACGACCGUCUGAAAAAAAUAGAAGAGAAGAAUCCGGCCGCUGCUGCUCCUGCGCCAGGAGACGACCCCGCAAAUGCUUCAAUGAUGUCUCUGGGUUUCGGUGCAGUGUCACCAAUUUUGCCUGGCCCGCCAAGCGUUCGGGGCUCUGUCGCGAAUAUGUCAGCGCUCGAGGGUCUCCUCGGUCAUGCGGGUCUUCUUGCGCGACAGAGCAUCGACGGAGGCAGUGUCCGCGAAAGCGCAAUUUUCCCACCAGGUGCAGACCACAAGAUUUCUUCAGGAAAUGUUCGUGCCAGUAAAGGACCAUACCAUCAAGGACGAGAGGACUCGAACAAGAGCAGAAACGGGCGCGGGCCUCCGAUAGAGGACCACCGGAAGAGCCUCUUCAACGGAAGCGAGUUUGGCGGGAUUUCGAUGAUUGCUCCUGUUCCUGAGGACCUUGGAACGAUCGAUGAACUUGAAGUGCGACCAUCCUUCGCUGGUGACUCCUUUCUUGGGGGGCUGCAGAAUGCUCCAGCCGCUCCAGGCGAUGCGAGACAUGCUAAAAUGUCCGUGGCUUCAAUGGCGGAUCCUUUGAACACAGCUGUCGUUGACAGUCCACCGGUAUGCAUCGAUUUUGGCGCUGCAGCUGAGAACGAAGCAGGCGGACGCCACAGGGAACCUGAAGAUGGAGGCAAGACGAACGACCACCAGCCCCGAAAUGCUGCUGACCCUGAUAAUAAGACGGGCGUAGAGAACGAAGCACAAAGUAAAACUGGGCUGCUGCAAGGCUUGUUAGAAGGAGCUAUGCCUGACGUGGCCAGAGCGACCAAAACGGAAGUUUCCGCCCGGCAGAUCGGUCCUGCAUGUUGCCAUGGCUCGGUUCUUCCCACGCCAGGACCCUCGGGUGCGUUGCAAGAGGCCUCAGCGAUGCUCCAAGGCACUGCUGACAAUCGAGCGAUGCGCACAGGGACGCUUCGGGGCACAGAGGGGGGCAGAAGUGCUACUGGUGAAAGUGCAAGUGUCAGUGGCAAGGUCGUUGGCGGAGGUGAACGUACACUCUCAGGCGCGCAGAUACUGCAGCAACCGCCAAACGCACCCCAGAAAAACCCCACGAGGACAGCGGCGAUACACACGGCUUCUUUGAUGUUGGGCUCAGGCUCCGGGCUCAACGCGUUAUCGUCGAUGGCGGGAGGACGCUUUGCCAGUAGAGCGGGUCCCUUGUCGCGGUUCAAGCGGCAACAGGCUGAAGCUACGGCACACAUCAACGCUUCACAAUCGUUACAGCAGGAUCACACCUUGGCUGCUUCUUCGAGCAGUACUGCAGGACCAUCCGCAGCUACAACUAGCUCGAGUACAACAUCGGCUGCAACGUUAGCUACAAAAAAAGGGCCUAAUGCUACAACAACUGCCGGUGGGAGCAAGAAAAAACAGGUUACAGCAGCCCCAGCAUCUUUCAUCCGCGACAAGGGACGUGCCGGCAGUCCGCCACCUCUGGGAGCUCAGAAAAAAGCUGUACCCAGUGGGGUUCCUAAGACAAUUGUCGAGAGUGUCGAAGAUCUGCACGAUCCACCUGAAGAGCCGGGAGACAAGCGCCGACGCUUAUUCUCACCUGGGGGCCAGACCAAGACUGCGACGACGAGAGAAAGCAGGAAGAUAACCGCAAACGCGGGAAUAAAGCAGGAUGCUCCGCCGGACAAGAUGCUGGGUCUCGAUGUUGACGCUGCUGCGAAACAGGCAGGUCGUGGGGCUUCUUCAUCACCGUCUUCCUCAUCUGCUGCACAACCCUCUCAAAACGUUGCAGCGAAGCCAACGUCAGAAGCAGCUUUAGUCGGGUCAGCUACCGCUGCUUUGUCUUCCGGUGCAGCUGCUUCUACCUCGUCAACGGCAGGGAAAGUAGAUGCACCUGCCGAAGUAGUACCACCGGUCGUUGUUAACGCGCCGGCUGGAACAAGCGCCAAAAGUAAAGCAGAAGUACACCUCGAAGCGGCGCCGAAUGUGCGGAGUGAACGGAAUAACUCUAAGCGUCCGCCUGGAGGACGGGGUCGAAAAAAGGCGACGACGAUGCUAGACGAUGACUCACCUCCAGUUCCUAUGAAAGGAAAAAGUGUACUCAUUAUACUUCUCAAGCAAAAAUUCGCUACAAUUUAGUUGAUGGGAAAGAAGCUAAUUUUGUGACGAUCAUGAGUACACUUUUUCCUGUCAUAGUUCCUGAUAUGCUGUUGGAGGAUGUCGCCUCAACGCAAAGCUCAGUGAUUCGACCAGGCGGUGGCCGAAAGCAGGAGUUGUUUGGUGUAGUACCUCGCGCAGCAGGUCCGGCCCUUGGCGUGACCGGAAUAUCUUCGACAAAAGAUGAAGAUGAUCAAGCACUUGCAGAUCCUGCUACUGGUGCUGCUGCUGCCGCUGCUGGUAAGACUGAAGAUGGAAUCAAAGCACCAUGUUCCUCGUCAAGCUCCGCUUCCGCUCUUUUGAAAAAGGUUCCUUCGAAAUCGUCAAAAGCAGCACCAGUCGUCAGACAAGAAGACCCCUCAGUAGGAAAUUUGAAGCCACUGAGCCAAGAUCCUUUCGGGAGCAGCUCUUCAUCGACAGGAGGAGGUGCAACGAAUUUCGCUAGUUUGCUCGAAAAGAAGAAGCAAGGUGGACACGCAGAUGCUUCAACGCCCGUUCUCGAAGACAAAACCGAAAGUGUCAAUAGCGACAGCGAGAAGACAGCUGCAAAUAAAGGUCGUAUUGGGAAAGCAAAUAAAUUGGCUGGAGCAGCAGCAGCCGCGGCGGCUUCUCUAGGAGAAGCAUCUGCCGCUUCUUCAAGCAAGAAUGUUGCAGCGCCUGCAGCUGCGCCAGCGAUCGGAGCUACUGGCACCCAUGGCAGUCGCAAACGCGGCCGACCCCCGCCGACAAGAGAUGAGUCGAACGACGAAGAGCUCGAUGCGAGCAGUCGGGGACGGGAAAACCAAGCGCCUGAUCAUGCAGGUAAGCGCGCGAAGGCCGGAUCCUCCGUGUUGACCACUGCCGCUUCCGCGUCCCAACAGCUGCGCCAGCUUCAACUGGCAGCGGAGGAAGCGCAGCAAUCGGUCUUUCUUCCCGGAACACGUAGCACCGCGGGUUCAGUAAAGUGCAAGUACUCGAUUGAGGAUCUGCGAAAGCGCACUGUGGCAGAGAUCAAAGCCAUUCUAGAGACUGCAGAUCUUAAAACCACCGGAAAAAAGGAGGAACUUGCGCGUAGGGUUAUCGAUAAUGGGGACCGUUUUCCGCCGACGUUCAAGACGCCAGUGCCGAAGCGCAGUCAACGUGCCAGAUAGCCCCUACCGCUACAACAGCUAUAAUUUGUAGUUGCUGAGGAAAAAAUCAUAUGCACCGGUUGCUCGUCAACGUUAACUUCUAAAAUGAGGAGUUAUAGAGUUAUCUUUAUGCUAUGAAGAUCAAGAUUGGAUAUUAUCAUCACGAUGACGAUUACCACCUCUUUUUUCUAAUCUAUCAUCUUUCACGAACCAAUCCUAUUCCUAGGGAAACAGCAGGAGAAUAAAAUAUGACGCACAUCUUGCGUACUGAAUGUGAUUUACUUUUACAUCACUGCUCGUAUACUUUGCUAGCGCAGAUUGCUCUGAGAAGUUUCAGGCUCAUAGACAUGUUUGGGAGAGUAUAAAAAAAGGGCUCUGGUCUUCCGCGGUUCAAAUCAUUAUUCGAACGCUGAUGUGAAAGGAAAUUUAUCAAAUUUGUCACGGGUAAAUCUAAAUGAAUAUGUAGUGGAACAAAGGAAAUGGAUUUAAU